GGAGUACUAUCACAACCUGGCAACCACACUGAAACGGAGCUUGCUGGGAAGCUUUACUAGAUCCUUCAGUACGGUUUGUUUACGAUUUAGACAUCUAUAAUCUGGACCUUCAGAUCUAAUUUCCUUUAGCCAUGUGUGUGCCGCCCUGGAGGAUCCAGCUGCCUUUGACGUGGCUGUUGUUACUCUGCUUCACGCCACGGUGCAGCUCGAGGCCCGAUCCGCACCAGCGAGAGGUUUUGAUAAAGAUGGAGGCUAGCAGAGAGAUCGGCGGUGGUGUGGUGCUGAACAAGAAAGAACAGCUCCUCGAUAAAAAACUGUACCAGAUGAAGCAACAGGAAAUAGCAGCACCAGACUUCCCUCCUGCCAUGCACUUCUUUAAAGCUAAGUCUCUGAUCGAUGCAAGUCCAGUCUUCAGCAUUCUACAGAAGAUGCCCAAAGGUGCAGCUCUCCACGUGCAUGACUUUUCCAUGGUGGGAGUUGAAUGGCUGGUGAAGAACGUGACCUACAGGGAGAACUGUUACGUGUGCUUCACCAACAAUAGCUUUGUGCGCUUUGUGUUCUCCUCUGUUCAGCCCAAAGCAGCAUCUUACUGCUCCACCUGGACUCUGCUCAAAACCAUGAGGGAGAAAUACAACACCACUGAGCUGGACAACAGCUUUAUUCGAAACCUGACGCUAUUUACUGAGGACCCAGACAGUGACUACCCCAACCAAGACGUCGUCUGGGAGAGGUUUGAACAAGCUUUCCUGGUGGCUUACGGGCUGGUCACGCAUGCUCCCGUCUUUAAGGACUAUCUUUACGAAGGUUUCAGGCAGUUCCAAAUGGACAACAUCAUGUACGUGGAAAUUCGAGCUCUUCUGCCGCUGACAUAUGAGCUCGAUGGCAGAAAGAACAGUAGAGACUGGAGCAUGAGGGCUUGUCAGGAGGUGCUCCAACGCUUCACGGCUCAGUAUCCAGACUUCUUAGGAGCGCGAUUUAUUUUCACGGUCCACAGAGGCUUGAAUUCUACACAAGCUGUACAGGUGGUAGAGGAGGCUAUGCUGCUACAGAGGAACUUUCCAGACAUCAUGGCAGGCUUUGACUUUGUGGGUCGUGAAGACAGUGGAAAUCCUCUGUGGUACUUUAAAAAGGCUUUGGGGCUGCCGGAGGAGCGCGGCGUCCAACUGCCAUACUUCUUCCAUGCCGGAGAGACUGAUUCCGAGGGCACAGCAGUGGAUCAGAACAUGAUGGACGCUCUGCUCUUCAACACGUCUCGGAUCGGACACGGUUUUGCGAUGCCGCGUCACCCGGUGGUGAAAGAGCUCGCCAGGAAAAUAGGUGUAGCAGUGGAGGUUUGCCCCAUCUCUAAUCAGGUGCUGAAGCUGGUCUCGGAUAUGCGAAACCAUCCUGCGGCUGUACUAAUGGCAGAGGGUUAUCCCAUGGUGAUCAGCUCCGACGACCCAGCUCUGUUUGGAGCGACUGGUCUCUCAUACGACUUCUACCAGGCCUUCGUGGGCUUCGGUGGAAUGAAAUCCAAUUUAGCCACACUGAAAGAGCUCGUGUUAAACUCUCUGAGGUACAGCUCCUUGUCUCCCACUUUGAAGAAGAAAGCCAUUGCAGCUUUACUUGUGAAGUGGGACAAGUUUGUCUCCGAGACUUUGCUGUAAACUUGCUGGAGAAACUGUGGAACUCAUUUGUUCACGUUUGUCAAACUGCACUUCACUGUUGGUCCGUCCAUCAGUACUGAUUUUACUGAAAGAUGGACCAUUUGAGGGUUUUGAUAUAUAUUGACGUGCCUCCCCCCAAAUAUAUUUGUUUCACCUGGAGCCAAGUGUAUGGAUCCAUUAAGAUUUCUUAGUGGAAAGAUCGCCCUCUGCUGGACAAAUUCAUUUAUUGAACUCAAGCUGUGCCACAUUUGACUCUCCACUACAACAUAAUAAACUGUCAUUUUAUUUCAGAA